AUGGGUAACGUUAUUUCUAUGAUUAAACGUCCCCUGGUUUCAUGGCUGGCGGGUACUCAACCCCCACCCAGGAAUUCUAUUAAAAAAGAAUUCAGAAAACAGCCAAUCAUCCAGCCUUCUACAGACAGGUAAGUCGAUAGCGGCAGCAGGUAUAUUAGAUGGGGUUAUUGGAAGAUGGGGGUCAGAGUUCGAUAGAGAUUAGAAUAAAGUAUGGUUUGUUAAUGGGCAUAAUUUCUCUAAAUAACAUAGAUUUCCUGUAGAUUAAAUAGAGUAACCUUGAAAUGAAUGGGAUAAUAUUUGUGCUAAAAUCCUGUGAAUUUGAGUUUCACCUUUUAGUUAUUUUUCUUAACACAUGAGAUAAAAAAAAUGAACAAAACAAUGAAAGUGUGUAGCCUAGCCCAUUUGUAGUGAUUGAUAUAAAAUAAGCCGACAUGAUAUACAGGGGUGCAAAGAAAGUAAAAUUUACAGAAAUCAAUAAAGGUGUUUUGAGUCGAUAUUCAGACAGCACCAUCCUGGGAUGAAAUGAGUCUAGGAGAGUUUAACAGGUUUUACACAUUAAAUUUAAUUAUUAAACCAGUACAAUACAACCCAAAUAACAAUGCAUAACAUAUAAUGACGUAUUUUAUCAUCUCGUAAACACACUCAGUUAUUCCAAACACAAAACAUCAAAUGUAUGAAAUAUGAGACUUCACUAAUCACUUCUUCUUUCCUAAACAGGCUACCUCUUAAAGCAGAGCCCCAGACAUUCCCUCAAUUAUCAUCUAAUCUGGAUAUUUCUCCAGAAACUGAGAAGGGGAAGAGAUGGGAGCCAUGGGAGCAGAAUGGUGGGUUUGUGGACGAAAUUCUAAAAUGUUGCCAACAAGGCACAGAGAGACGUCGCCUUCCCCCUUCUGUUACAUCUAAAUUUGCUGUGCUUGAUAAAAGGUAAAUACUAUAUGAUCACAUUAACAAAUUGCGAUAAUAACCUCUAGGCUGGGUGCUGGAAGAAUUAGCCUGACCUUUUGCUUUUUGUGUUUUUGUUCAAAAGCUUUAGACAUUAUGAUACCUAUGUCAGAUAUAGAAAAGAGGAGAAGAAACCCGAUGUACCAUACUAUAUUCGGGUGACUCCAAAAAAAUCCAACUUGGAAAUUCGAUAUGCUCGACCACCUAGGUAAGUGUAUCAUGAGACACAGAAUGACUGACCAUAAUCCUAUAAGGUUAUCCAGAUAAAACUGCAGGGUCCUCAGUAAUCCAAUACCCUGGUUCUCUCACUGGCUGUCUGUGUACACAGGAAACCAAUGAGAGAAGAGCCACAGAUAGAAAAAGAUGUCAAUGCGGCUUACCAGGCAUUACCUAAUUUCUAUAAGAUAAACAGAAGCUUUAAUGGUACAAAAUAAAGCAUUUACUGAAAUUACUGUAACCAGAAUGAAAUGUAUGUAUCAUAAAUGAUCCGAUAGUGUCACUAUUAACUGUGCAAUAAUGACUGAUAGAUAACGAGUGAUAGGGUAGCUGAUGGACUGAAAUUGAGAGGAAAGCUGAAGAGGAAUAAGAUAAGUGACAAAAUGGGCUGAUGGAUAGAAAGGCAGGAAAGAAUAUAAUUGUUACAACUGUAUUUUAACGUUUCCUAUUUUAAUUGCAGGGACCCAUUCCUAUUCUCUAAGGUGAAGCCUAAAUUACUUCCAAAACAAUACAAAACAACUAAAAAGGCUGAAAGUGAAAAUUAUUGUGCAGAGUGUCAUAAACAGGAUAAUAUUCUACAGCCUGAACAUGUCACAAGUCUAAAAGAGAUUUCUUAUGAGCCUUCUAUGGACAGGUAAGUGGACAGUUGCUGUGGGUAUAUUAGAUGGGGUUAUUGGAAGACGGGGGUCAGAGUUCGAUAGAGAUUGGAAUAAAGGAUGGUUUGUUAAUGGGCAGAAUUUCUGUAAAUAACAGAGCUUUCUUGUAGAUUUAAUAAUGUUAUCUUUAAAUGAAUGAUAGUAAUCCACGAGGUAAAAUUCUUAAAAUUGAAUUUGAAUUUCACCUUUUAGUUAUUUUUCUAAACAGAUGAGAUAAUAAAAUGAACAAAUCCAUGUGUGAAGCCUAGCUCAUUUGUAGUGAUGGAAUUUGAAAUAAAAUAAGCAGGCAUGAUACACAGGGGUGUAAAAACAGUAAAAUAUAGAGGAAUUAAAGGGACACCAUAGUCACCAGAAAAACUACAGCUUAAUGUAGUGGUUCUGGUCUCUAUAGUCUGUCCCUGCAGGUUUUUCUAGUGUAUAAAAUGUGUUUACAUUGCUCCUUAGGAACACCUCCAGUGGCAGUCACUAUAGGUGCUUCCUGUGGCAGUGCUGCAGAGUGGGCAGCACUGACAUUCAGUGACUCCACUCUCUGCAUGGAGACACUGAACAUUCUUAUCAAGAUGCAUCAAUUUAUGAUUGGCCAUGGCAGCAUUGCCUCCGCCCCCAGCAUGCCUCCUUGGCUGAGAUAUUCAAAAUUGACUAGCUCAGUCAAUCCAAUGCUUUCUUAAGGUAAAGCAUUAGAUUGGUUGAGAUCAUCAUUUCUUUCUUUUUUUUUUCAAUGUGUUUUAUUUAAGCAAAUUUUUCAUCAUUCGUGUAGAAACAGAAUACGAAGUAAAACAAGGGAUACAGAAGGCAAAAGGGAAAGGGGAGGGGAAGGCAGCUUGCAUAGGUCACAUCAUAUCAUGCAAUACAGUACAAUACCGUACAAUAUAAUGCAAUACAAUACAAUACAAUAUAGCAGAACAAUCCGUGGUGUUAAAUCAGUGUCGGUAAGACAUUUGACAGUUUGUACAACAUGUUGCCUAGCGGUGAUGGAUAAGCAUGGAACCAACCUGGUGUCAUAUAUGGUGUGCUGGAAGACUGGACCCAUAGAGUAGGGGAGGGAAAACCCAGUGGGAACUAGUGACCGAUCUAUAGCCCUUAGGGAGGCUCUCCCUUCCUAUAAUUCACCCAACUCUGCCAUCGUGAUUUGUACCUACUUUGGCUAUUGGUCAGCCGGCUAGCCAUGCACUCGUAUGCGUGAGUUGAGUCUAGCCUGCCUAGGAUUUCUGGCAACGUUGGUGAAAGAGGGGACUUCCAUCUGUGCGCAAUGGCUGUUUUGGUAGCCAUUAGACAGUGGAUCGUGAAGAAGAUCGGUUCUACGGGUAGGGUAUCCGGGAAGAUAUGUAAUAGAAAGCACUCUGGUGUCUGGGGUAUACGUACACCCAGAAUUUUAUGAAGAAGUGCAUGUAUAUCCCGCCACAGUGUUUUGAUGUGUGUGCAAGUCCAAAAUAUAUGUAAGAGGGACCCUUCGCCGUUGUGACAUCUCCAACAUUGGUCGUCAGAUCCCGGAUAGAUAUGAGCCAAUUUAGUAGGGACCAGAUACCAUUGGUUAAGGCUAUGGGAAGCCUGUUUAGUUAAUCUUUGGGCGCGAUGCCACAAUUCUGUUGAGAAAUGUAUUCCUAGAUCUGAUUCCCAUUUAGACAUAUACGAUGGUUUAGUUAUCUUAUUGUGGAGCAGUAAUGUGUUGUAACAUAAGCAUAGUGCUUUAGUUUUUGGAAGUUUGCCCAUGCAUUUAUGGAUAAAUGGCGGUAAGUGAUCAGGAUCUCCCAGGCUAAUCUCGCUUUCUAGGAUUAUGUUUUUUAGUCUGAGGUAAGAGAAUAGUUCUCUUGAAGGGAUAUGGAAUUCCCUGAUUAAGUCUGGGAAGGGCUUGAUGCCGUCUGAGGACAGUAAGGAGCGGACUUGGGUGAUCCCCUGUUUAAGCCAAUUGUCUAAUUGAAUGUCUGACGUUCGGGCAGUCAGGGCUUGGAGUGGGGCUGCAAGGAGCAGGUCGUUGUUUUGUAGGAAUAGUGGUGUAGUUUGCUUCCAGUUAUGGAUGAGCAAGACUGUGGUGGGUAGCAAGGAUUUAGCUUUGGGGAAGUUUGAUCCCGCCCAUAGGGACAGAGGAAUAGAGCCGUUGGGUGUGCAAGCGUUCUCCAAUGCCAACCAUACCGGGGGAGAUGGACGUUCAAGGAUCGUGAGGCCCUGGGCCAACAGUGACGCCUUGUAGUAGAGGGAUAUAUUGGGAACACCUAGCCCCCCCUUUUGUGAACGGGCGCCAGAGUGAUUUUUGCGCUAUCCUGGGGGGUUUCCGUUUCCAGAUAUGAGCAUUUAUCAUGGCCUGAAACUUCUUUAAGAUUGGGUUUGGGGAGAUCAUUAUUUCUGAUUAUGUCAACCAAGGAGGCAGAUGGGGGGUGGGGCCAGAUGUGAGGAGCCCCGCGUGGUGCUCGAAAAAGGUGAGUUUUAACCUUUAAUUUAGGGGGGCUGAGGCCCUAAAUAGUGAUAUUAGAACUAGAGUGUCAGGAAUACAUAUUUGUGUUUCUUACACAAUAAUGCCCCAUUUAUUAAAUGUGUUUUGAGACCCCGAAUAGACAGCACCAUCCUGGGAUGGAAUGCAGAAUGUAAUUAGUCCAAACGUGUCAAAGGUUUUACACAUCGAAUUGAAUUAUUUAAUCAUUACAAUACAACCCAAAUAGCAAUGCAUAAUAUCUAAUGGCUUCUUGUAUCAUCUCAUAACACACUGUUAUUCCAGAGAUUUAACAUCAGUUUAUUAAUUACCUUUUUCUCUUUUGUGUUUUUCUUCAAAAGCUUUAGACAUUAUAAUAACUAUGUCAGAUAUGAAAAAGUGGAGAAGAUUCCCGAUGUACCAUACUAUAUUCGGGUGACUCCAAGAAAAACCUACCAACUAAUGACAUAUGCUCGGCAACCUAGGUAAGUGUAUCAUGAGACACAGAAUGACCCAAAUAAUAACCUAUAAUAUAUAAUGGCUUCUUCUAUCAUCUCCUAAACAUACUCGGUUAUUCCAGAAAUAUAACAUCAAAUGUGAAAUAUGAAACUCCAAUAAUCGCUCCUUCUUUCCUAAACAGGCUACCACUUAAAGCAGAGCCCCAGACAUUCCCCCAGGUAUCACCUAAUCUGGAAUUCUCUCCAGAUCCUGAGAAAGGGAAGAGAUUGGAGGCACAGGAACAGAAUGAGGGGUUUGUGGAAGGAAGUCUAAAAUGUUGCCAAAAAAGCACAAAGAGACUUUGCUUGCCCCCUUCUGUUACAUCUAAAUUUGCAGUGCUUGAUGAAAGGUAAAUACUGUUUGAUCACAUUAAUCAAAGGAGAGAGAUCUUUGUUUUCUAUUGUUUAUGUUUGUUUUAACAAAUUGAGAUGUUGGCCUCUCCACUGGGUGCUGGAAGAAUUAGCCUGACAUUUUGUUUUUUUCUGUUUUUCUCAAAAUCUUUACACAUUAUAAUAACUAUGUCAGAUAUGGAAAAGAGGAGAAGAUUCCCGAUGUACCAUAUUAUAUUCGGGUGACUCCAAGGGAAACCAACAGACUAAUGAAAUAUUCUCGGCCACCUAGGUAAGUGUUUAUUGAGACACAGAAUGAUCGACCAUAAUCCUAUAAAGUUAUCCAAAUAAACCUUCAGUGUCCUCAGUAGGCCAAUACCUUGGUUCUCUCACUGGCUGUCUGUGUACACAGGAAACCAAUGAGAGAAGAGUCACAGAUAGAGAAUGAUGUCAAUGCUCUUUCUGAGCCAACAUCACAAAUCACUGGGGAGCACUACAGCAACGUGACUUACCAGGAAUUACCUAAUUUCCAUAAGACAUGUAUUUUAAUAUAAACAGAAGCUUUAAUGGUACAAAAUAAACUAUUUUCUGGAAUUACUGUUACCAGAAUGUAAUGUAUGUAUCAUAAAUGAUCUGAUAGUGUCAUUUAAAGCUGUGCAAUAAUGACUGAUAGAUAACGAGUGAUAGGGUAGCUGACGGACUGAAAGUGAGAUGAAAGCUGAAGAGGAAUAAUAUAAGUGACAAAAUGGGCUGAUGGAUGGAAAGGGAGAAAAGGACAUAAUUGUUACAACUGUAUUUUAACUUUUUGUAUUUUUUAUUUGCAGGGAACCAUUCAUUUCCUCUAAGGUGAAGCCUAAAUUCGUUCCAAAACAAUACAAAACAACUAAAAAGGCUACAAAUGUCCAAGAAAAACAAGUAGACAAAAAAGAACUGGAAAAUGAAAAAAAGUAUUCUGCAGAGUAUUAUAAACACAAUAUUAUUCUACAGCCUGAACCUGUCACAUGUCUAGAGGAUAUUCCCUGUCAGUUGCUGCAGGCUAGGUUUCUAGAGCCUACAGAGGAUAUCACACAUCUAGAACACAACACUUCUCUAGAAUGCUCUGUUUCUACUAUCGAACCUCAUACAAGUGGACUGACAGAGGAGUUGCCAGUAAACACUGGUCAGCCACAGUCCACUUUACAUUGUCCACCUGAGCCUGCAAAUCUAGAUUCUCAGAACCCAGUUACAGUUAUUUUACUACAGCCUACCCCUCUAGAGCCUACAGAGAUUAUCACACAUCUAGAACACAACACUUCUCUAGAAUGCUCUGUUUAUACUAUCAAACCUCUUACAAGUGGAUUGACAGAGGAGUUGCCAGUAAACCUUGGUCAACCACAGUCCACUUUAGAUUGUCUACCUGAGCCUGCAAAUCUAGAUUCUCAGAACCCAGUUACAUCUCUCUUACUACAGCCUAUCUCUCUAGAGCCUACAGAGGUUAUCACACAUCUAGAAGACACCAAUUAUUCUACUACCGAACCUCAUACAAGUGGAUUGACAGAGGAGUUGCCAGUAAACCUUGGUCAGCCACAGUCCACUUUGGAUUGUCAACCAGAGCCUACCAAUCUAGAUUCUCGGGAGGCUGUCAAAGAUCAAGAUCCAGGUAUUCUUCUAGUGGGCCCAGUUUGUCCAGCCAAAUCGGGCACUGGUGAAAUGUUAGAGGAGCUGCCAGUAAGCUCUGACACUGUGCUUCAUCACUCGGAGACUACUUUUGGUUGCCCCACUGUUCAGCAUGAGGAGUUGCUUCUAAUCAAUCAAGAGGGUACCCCUGAGGAGGAACAAACUGAGAUAAAGAAUAAUCAGCCAGGAACACAUGCAAGUCUCAGCAGUGACCAUGAAGAGCAGCCAUUGCCAGAAGACAAAGAAAAAGAACCACCUGGUGAGGCUGGUAUAGUUAGAAAGAAAAGCCCAGACCUUGCAGUAACUGUACUCCAAGAGAAGACAAAUAUUAAAACAAAGAUAGAAAGGAUACACUAUGACAGGGAUUCUUUACUUAGAUUGAAAUCUAUCACACAGGAACCAAAGGACUUGUCUGAAAUAGCUCAAAUCUACCGAGGUAUGCUCAUUAGACCUCAUCUUCGACCACGAUUUACCAGCAGGAAAUGUACACCUCUAACCACAAAUUUCUUCCACCCUGCUAAGGAGAAUUACAGACUGCCACGUGGAAUGGGCCAAAUGAGGACUCAGCAAUCUCCUAGUAAAGAACUUUGUAAAAUCCUUCAAGUAAGUGAGAAUGUAAAACAGCAUACAUGUGAAAAGGCUUGGAAACCCCCCAUGAAAAGGACAAACGAAGAUCCUACUAUUGCCAAGGCCAAAGAAUUGGUUCGCAAAGUUCGCAGCAUUCUAAACAAAAUCACACCUCAGACAUUCCAGCAUUUAAUCAAGCAAGUUAAAGACCUCUCAAUACACACAGAGUAUCAACUGAAAGCUGUUGUAGAAGUCAUCUUUGAAAAAGCAAUCGCAGAGCCACAUUUCGCUGUUGUAUACGCCAGCAUGUGCAACUGGCUAAUAAUGCUUGAGGUCCCAACAGAAGACAACCCUGAAGAAAGCAUUACAUUCCGUAGGAUGCUAAUAAGGCUCUGCCAGAAGGAGUUUGAGGGAGGUGAAAAUGGGAAUGAAAGAACUGAGAAACUACAAAAGGAACUGGAUGCAGCCACCUCACCGAAAGAAAAGACCCGACUAAAGGAGGAAUUGAGUGAUGCUUUUAAUAAGGCACGCAGGCGAUACCAAGGGAAUAUAACAUUUAUUGGGGAGCUAUUUAAAUUAAAACUGCUCUCUGAAGAGACCAUGAAAGAUUGUCUAAUGAAACUACUGAACAGGAACAGCGAGGAGUCCAUGGAAUGCAUCUGCAUUUUGCUCACUACAAUUGGAAAAUCCUUGGAAAACGGACAGUGUCGCUUGGACAACUAUAUCAGCAAGAUUGACACCUUUAUUAAAACCCAGAAAACAUCUUCACGGAUUCGAUUUUUGGUGCAGGAUGUGAUAGAAUUAAGAAAAAAUAACUGGGUACCUCGACAUAAACCCCAGGGACCGAGAACAAUAGACCAAAUCCAUAAAGAGGUCGAACUGGAAUCUAGACGAAAAGAACAGUGA